ACGCAGGUGCGGCUCGAGCGGACGUGCUCUUGAUAUUACUUGAAGAGAGACCGAGUACGCUCUUCGAAACGACAAUUCCUUCAAAAAUCUAUAUAUUCACAAUAGGAUGUUUGGAUCCAUUUACCAUUCCAGACUGGUUCAAUGGAACGAAGAUCAAUAUGCUAUUUAAUAAAAAGAUGAAAUAAUUUUAUAUAUGUACAAGUAUAUGAAAGAUUACAAUAUUUUAUAAUAGGCGAUGUACUUCUGAUAUUACAAGAAAAUUUUAUAGCAUUAUCAGCGUCUUUUGAACGAAUGAUUUUAAGAAACAUUUUCUUUUUACCAAAUAAAUACGUUUUUUAUUGCGGAAUACAAUUUGCAUGUAAAAUUUGCAAUUUUUAAUAUCUCUUUUCGGUAUUAAACGUGCAUUAUAAUUUCGUUAUACACUAUAUAUGAUAAACAGUAAAAUUUAUAAAAAAAAUUUAUGUGCUUGGAACUUUGGAACAGGGUGAGAUUUCAAAUGGCGACAGCACUGGUGCGCUCUUAUCCCUCGCCCCGAGGCAGCGGCUCACGAGCGGAGUACCGACCGCGAAGAGAAGAAGAGAGACGGAUAGAUAGAGUGGCGGAGAUAGAUAAGGUUUCCAGCGAGAGAUAGAUCGAGAGAGACAGAGAGAGAGAGAGAGAGAGAGGGAGAGUGAGUGAGUGAGUGAGUGAGUGAGUGAGUGAGUGAGUGAGAGCGAGAGAGAGAAAGGGCGGGAAAAGAGGGAAGAGAGCGUCUCUGCACUGUAUAUGCACACGUAUACAGAGUGUACCGAAGGUAACAUCGACCACAAUAGCGCCGAUUGAUUGUCGAAGGUCGGCCGUCGGGAAAAGUUAAGCUUUACAAUCGUCUAAUCGCCUUGACGACAUCGUGUCGCACUCCACUAAACAAAACCCGCCCUCUCGCUCUCCUGUCCUCCCUUUGGCCCAUCGCUCCGAACCCUCCACGCAUAAUGCGUAUAUGCACACGCCUAUACAGUGCGGAUCGAAGAUAUCUAGGAUGGUUGCGGGGGGCAACGCGUUGCGGCGAAAGCUCCGCUCGCAUUGGAACUCGAAAUUUCGCGAAACACAAAAUUUAAAUUGGGAGAUAGUUCUUAUGCUUACUCUGCUAUCGUUAUCCUUUUUUAAAUAACAUAAGCACCGUUUGUCGGGAGCGUCAAAGAAGCUUAUAUUUUAUACAGUCGAUAAAUUGAUGGUGUACGCAGAAUACAAUACGUCGUCCGAUAUGAUAAUACAAUUUCUAAGCGUAAUUUAAUAUGUCGAGCGAAGCGGCGAUUAAGCAGAUUAUAUACUUUUUAUCAUUCUCUUUAUUUACCUUACAAAUUCGUAUAGCGUCGUGUGUCUCUAGCGCGGCUGACUUGCACACGUCGCGAACGCCGAAAACCGGCGGGAAAAGGAAACGAUAAAAUCGGAUAAAUUCGGAGUUGAAUUCCACCUCUCCUCCGUGUCCACAAAUCGUGCACACGUGUCGCCAACUGCCCGACACUCCAAUCCGAAGUAACCGGCGCAAUUCUCUUCUCUGCGUAACGCGAGGGAGUCUCGUAAAAGGGCGUCCGAGGGGGACAGAUUUCUUAGCGCGAGCAACGAGGGUAUAGUUUUCGAUAGACAAAUACCUUCACGCUAAGUGCCUUCAGUGAGGGGAACCCCGAAACGCGUUCACCCUAACACCGCGAUACGAGCGAUCGAGCGAGCGAAACGAGAGAACGAAAGACAGAGAGGGAUGAAGUCGGGUUCUCUCGAGUAGGGGAAAGGGCCGCGACAUGGGGCCGAAGGGGGAAAAUAUUUUUAUUAAAAAAGGCGCGUGAAGCGGGAAGGGAAAGGAGGCGGGAAAGAUCAUGGCGGUCCCCGGCGAAGCCGCAUUAAGCCAUAUUUCCGUUGCUGCGAUCGACGCACGCAAACUGGAAAUUAAUUGCAUUAUCUCGUACAAAGGAGAAUUGUGAGAAGAGAUGCAAUCUCGUGAACGUAGGACGAAGAAGGCAGUUCGAGAUACUCGGAUUGUUUUAUUUAACCGCUGGACAGCUUUGAUUAAAAAAGAAUUGCUGUAUUUUUCAGGAAAGUUGUUUUAUGUAGUACGAAAAGGAAAGUUCGUAAACAAUGGUAUAAUGAUCUCUUUUUCGCAUCGCAUUUCGUAAGUCAUUCUUUUCUAUUUAGAAUGAUUUUUUGUUGUCCAAAUCAAACGUCUUCUUCCGUGCGGUGUAUGCUUUUAUAUUUUUUUGCUACAUCGUAAUCGGAAUUUAUUGUGACCCGAGAGACCUGACGGUGCCUGCUUUCGUAUUUACUUGCGCGUCUUUAAGGCAAAGACGAGGCAAAGUACGUUCGCCAAGGUCGGGUGGACCAUGCCGAUGCGUGGCCGCCGCGUAAAAAGGCAGACGAUGCGUGCACAGGCAGAGGAGCCAACGUCACUGACCGUGGAUGCACGCGAGACUCGCGACAAUUUUGCGCGUGACGUCGCGUUUCGGCCCUUCGGCUCGAAAAGAACUCACGUUACCUUGAAUCCGGUUCUCGAAACCUCGCGAUUGUGCCCGCGAUCGCUCGCACGAUACACCAAUGAAUAUUCCAGAGAUAAAAAGAAGAAGACUCCCGCGGGGAGUCUUUGCCGAGAGGGAAAAAAAAAAGAGAGAUCCUUUCUUUAAAAUUGCCCUUACGUGUAUCGAUCGCGAGAGAGCAUUAAAUUGUCAUCAUCAUCAUCCUUAGUAAUUGAUCUGUGCGAAAGAAAAAGUACUGACGAUAAAUGUUCGCGGAAAUGCGCGGGUCCGUUUGGUUCUUAUGACUUUGACCGCUAAUUUUAUUACGUAUGUAAAUUACUUCUAUGAACCCCGAGUGAUAUGGUUAAUUAUAUUUACACACACACACACACACACACACACACACACACACACACACACACACACACACACACACCGUGCGCAGUUUUCUCGAUAGGAUCAAAGAGCGCGUUGGCCACGGCGAACGGUGUAAGUUGACAGACGAAAGAAAAAAUCGAACAAAGACGCGUAAGAGGCAGUGAAAUAGAGAGAAGAAAAGGUAUUGUUAAUGUAAACCGCCGCGAAAAAAAAGAAGUAUAUACUUACGCACAAAUAUACAAACAUCCUGCUGACUUCGCGUUUUAAUAAUUCAUGCGGAGUGCACGCGACGAAGUUUCGUGCGUCGAAGUUUCGCCAAAAAGAUUUUAGUUUAGCCGAGAAACUAAGACUCCUCUGCGGUAGGUGCACGUACGCGUGUGUAUGUGUGAGGACUUGGCGAACCGUGCAAUAAAAACUUCAGCUGUCACGACCACGAAGCACUUUUACGCGGCGUAACGUAUAAUUCCAGGGAAGGACGGUUUCCCGUACGUCGGGCAUAUUAAACUUUAUUGAAAUAAUAUUCCACGUGAUUGUUGUUUAAAAAAGUACCUUAAUCUGACCGGGUAUUUGGAUACUGGAUUUUUCGUGAAACUUAUGUCACCCAGGACCUCAGAGUCAGAAACUUCCGCAACAGCUGAUCGUCAUUCAGCACGUCGCAGUUUUUGCGACGAAAUGUGCGUCGAUGAAAGAGCCAUUUAAGCGUCUGCAACGUAAAUGCGCUGCGUUACCGACCGUUUAUCGGAAUCUCCGAGUCUGCGGGACAUUUUAACAGAGAGCAGUAUAGUUCGCGAGAGCGGACUCGAAGCGGAUAUUAGACAGAGCGGCAUUGAGCUCUCCGCGUGAUUAUCAACUUCGUCCGCUUUGCCUACAUAAAUCUUCCCAGUCUUUAUUUUAUCUUCCUGAUUCACUGUUCGGAAGAGAGAUAAUAAGAUUUGAUAGAGAAAGAAGAGUUACUUCAAAUCGAGUCUGUCAUCUUUUGCAAAUUUUUAUUUGCAAUGUAAAUCUUUUAGAGAAUCUCAGUUAAAAAUAUCGAACAUAUCUUUUUUUACAAUAAAAUUUUUAUUCAACUGUCUUUAUUUUUUGAUGCAUGAUCCAUGUAUUUUAACGUGAAAAUUCCAAAAGAAAAAAUUAACUGUAUUGCAAUGAUCCACGUGAUCAGACUAAAAAUACAUCGUCAUUUUCUUGCUAUGUAUAGAGAUCCUCUUUUGGAAAUUUUAAUUCAUGCGAUAGCAUUGCUCGCUUUUCCUUCCUACGUGACGUCUACUCGGAACUUCCACAGUGUAGGCUGUCUUGGACGUCACAACACGGGUUUCCUAGUUACGCACCUACGCACCUCCCUCUUCCUCCCUCAUUCUCUCUCUCUCUUGAUGCGUCAAUGUGUAGGUUUUCGCUCUUUCAUCUCUCACUAGACGUACGUACGCCUACCUCUCCUCUUUCUCCACCAACGCGAGCGUAGAGAUUACGCAUUCUACGUCAAGCAUUAUAUUUAUAGCUUAGUCCCAGGGCCCGACUUUAUCAAUCGUCAUAAUGACAUAUUCACCUGUGGAAGUUCCCGAUAUCACAUUCAAACAUAGUAGCACAAAACUGAUAUGAUUGUUAAAUUCAAAGUUAAUAAUCUGUGCAACGUCACGGGGCGUACCGUUAUAUUUGAUUUUUAGACCGUAACCUCCGGGCUUAGCCUAAAGUAAAAUAAAGAACUAGCCCACGCGAAUUCACUUCCGAACGAUGAAUUCGCUCGUUCGAAUUUGGAUCGCGUAAACAACUCUUGCCUUAAAAGAGUAUUGUAAACAUCAGAGUCCAGAGCUCGUUUCAAAAGUGGGGAGAGAGAGACGAUAACACAAGUUACGCAGUUUGAAUCUACAUCUACGUACUAUUAAUAGCAUCAAAUUGCAACUAGAUAAUGAUUGUGAGCACCUUAUUUUUUCCUCUAUUAACAGAAAAACUGUUCUCAACUCCGUUUGCAGUUGCGUCAGCGUAACACGAGUGAUUUUUAGAUACUUAUUUUCUCAUCUGGAAGUUCCGAAGAUAUUUACCUUUGGAAAAAUAAGGAAAAUAGGAAAGUCCUCUUUGACUAUUAUACAUGCAUAUUAAAAUUUUCGAAGCUCAUCUUUUCCUGUCGUUUCAACGCAAUUAUACAGAAGCGAAAGAUUAAGCUCGGACCGUCGACAAAACCGUUAGACAAAAUUUACAAUAAUACGUAAUAAUAAUAACUCUUUGAAGAAACGUUCGUAGCGGACGUUAGAUGUUUGCAUCCCGCCGACUGAAAAUAGAGACACCGUCUAAUUCUAUGCCUUGCUAACACCUUGCGAGACCCACGCAGUCCAGCCUUCAUUUGCGCUCCGUUUGUUGCACUCCCCUGCGCUUUGUACAUAAAGCUCGCACACGCAACGGACACACCCCGCGGGAGUAAGAUCUUCGAGGAAGCGCCAAUUGGAUUACUCGCGAAAUAUUAAUAAGCUCACCGGAGGCUCGAACCUGGUGCAAGUGACGUGGCACCGAUGACGGUUACGUCGCUUUCAGGGAAUUUGGUCUACGUGAUUUCCUAUAAGAUAUCUACCGAAUAGCUUGUAGUUACUUUCUUCUUAUCAGAAACGAAGUAAAAAUAGCUCGGGAGAAGGAGUAUUACUUCGCCCUCGCGAUAAAGCGCCAAACGGUUGCAUCGCGCUGGGCGGCCAUAAAAAAAAUUAACAAAAACUUUUUGACCGCGUGUAUUUACAUUGUUCUUAAUCGCGGUAAUGGUACAAAUGCAAUAGUGUUGUCGUAACACUCGAGUGUUUGCGUUAUCUCGAAAAAAUGUGUACGUUGCGUCAGAUGUUCGAAUGAUAAAUCUAGAUUCCGACAGGGGGUCGCUAUCGAUUUAAUUGCGUUCAUCUGCGCUCAAGAGGGUGUCGAACAGUUUUCACGUAAUAUUAACGAGACGUUUGGGCAUUCCUCGUUAUUUUUCAUUGAAAAAACUUUUAAUGAAUGCGCGACGCGCACGUUUCUGACUCAUGCGAGCCACACGUGACACUUUCUGCAAACACCGGGGUACAUAUUUAUAUUCUAUGUGCAGUGGGAAUCUAUCUACGUAAUUAACGUAAGUAGAUUAAUUUAUGGUUUACCUCAAGUCAUAAUUUACGACGUAUAGCGAAAUUUGCUUGCGAGCGUUUUGCGCAACAGCGCUGGGAGAUAAAAUUUGCGCGAAGCGCGUCUCCCUAAGGAGACGACGUCGAUUAAAUUCCGAUUGACCCGACCGGCGAUUGAGUCAACCGGCGGAAUUGCCUACGGUGCUUCUAUACACUUGGUCGUUUCUAAUCUAUCUUUCAAACGAGAAAUCGUUAAUCUUCUGGGGGUUAACUAACAAUUAACAAUGCCCUCUCCUCUCUCUAACAGAUCACCGUAGAUAUUACUUGACAAAUAUAAAUUGUCAAUUUAAUUAAGUUAAUCGAGGUUUGAUCGAAGUCAUCCUGAGGGUAGGGUUCUUCUCUUUCCGAGAAUGGCGGAUUACGCGAUUAUUUAGCGAAUCGAGCGGAUCGGACAAAUAUCUGUCACCGGCGAUCGAUAACGUCCCCCCUCCCCUCCCCCGUCCGCGUAAAAUGCUUUCGGCAUAUAUCACGUUCGUACGUAUGUACGUACGAGCUUAGCCAUCGGCACGUUCGUUGGAGUGCGUGGAUCGCGCUCUUUUUCUCUCUCUCUCUCGCUCUCUCUCUCUCUUCGAUAAAGGCACCAGCGGAUCGAGGUGUCCGUCCAGUCAGUUCUCGGACUUCGAUCGGUAAGCCGCGUGCCGCGCGUGGAUCCUGCCGAUCGUCAGGUCAGCACGCCGUCGAUCUCUCCGAUUGAUCUCGCCCGAAGGGAUCGCUCGCGUCGCCCGGAGGUGGAAAUGAAAUAAUUUCGCGGAAGUGUAUACGAGGAAAUCGGUUGAACGAGCGGGAAAUUUCUCGGGAAGAAACCGCUGUGUCGCCGUGUCGAGAGAGUUUAAACUCGGAUAUCGCGCCUCGACCGAGGGAAAAAAAAGAAACGACAAUUAGGACCGAGGAUCAGGCGAUUGAGUACGGGCGAGCGUGCGUGUAAGUGUGUGCGUGUACACAUAAUCCGUGGAUAAUCAGUCGCCGUGAUAAUCAAUCACCGCGCCGGUGUGUUUCAUAAUUUUACCUCGGGAGGAAAAGAGAGCCGAUCGCGCGCACGUGGACGCCGCCGUCGUCGCGACAGCGAGGAUCUACGAAUUUCUACGACACACGUGUUUCGGAUCGCGGAACCCGGGCAGGACUUUCCAGAUGACUUAAUACUCACAUCAACAUCGAGGCAGUAAGAGAGAGAAAGAGAGAAAGAAAGAGUGAUUGAUGACACGUGCAUCCGUACGAAGAAAUCGCUGAAAGAGGUCGGUGUGCGUACGCGGACGGGCGCUUCGGUAAGAGCGCGAGAUAACGAUAUGACAGGUGAUCAUCGGAGAAUCGUCCGAUAAUCUCGCUAGUCUUGACUCCAUAAUUCUCGAGAGCUACGGAUUUAUCUGUCUAACAACUUGCAAAACAAUCCGGUUAAUCAAACAUACAAGAGGAGAGAGAAGCGGAGAGGAAGACUGACUGAAAUCUUUAAUUUAAAAAAAAAAAAAAAAAAAAAAACCCGGCAUCGGUCAGGCGAGUAACGCCCGCGUUACACGGAAGACUUAUCGGCUAGUCCAACCAGGGCGUGACAAGAUAAAGAAUGUGCAAGAUCUAGAAUAGACGAUAUCGAGGUGACGAAAGAGCAGCGGAAGCUCCUAUCCCGCCUAAAUGUCGCCGAGACAAGUGUCGCCUGAAGUGGCCGCUGGUAGCAUCCGGAGCAAGGUCGAACUACCAUUUUCCAUUCGCAAGGUCUAGCAAUUGAAAAAAAUCCAAAGUUCGAUUAUGCUGAAGGCGGAGCGUUUGACGCGCAUUAAUUUAGAGGUUGACGUAAUAUAAAUCCCGAGCGCGAGAGAGACUCGAGCACGAUCGACACGAUAGACUCUGAUAAGGCGCAACUAAUAUCCCGUCCAGGAUGCGGCUCAUUCGCGUCUGCGUCCUUUUCACGUGUUUAUUGACGGCAAUUGCAACGUGCGCGAGUGACGUGGUACUCACCAUAUAUCCCAUCCCAUUGCAAAAUGAAACCGUAGUGCCGGAGCAGUAUAGGGAUCUGCCGCUGGUGGGGAAAUGUUGUCCCAUAGGCGAGGUCCUCGCAAAAGAUGUGGACGGGAAUACCGUUUGCGCCUCCACGAACGACUCGUCGACGGUGUCUUUUUCACCCUUCUUCUGCAACUUCAAUCAAACCGGCGCGCUGGUGCCCGGUGACGAAUACAAAACGUUCGCCGCUAUCGUGGGAAAUCCCUGCGAUAAAAAGUACAUGCUAUUCCCGGAGGAAAGCAGCGAGGAUGAGUUUUAUGUAUUGAUGAAUGGUUCAAUCUUCGCCCCGCGAAUCGAUCAUGUGCCGCUUAUGCUGAUGCCCGGCAAAGAUUACUGCAUGGAGGUUGUGCCCGAACUUGGACUUAGGGCACUCGUCUGUUUUCAAGACGUCGCUGCCCCGACCACGGAUACUCGGGUUAUCAUUUACGCCUGCGGGCUCCUGAUCUCAGUUCCCUUUUUGAUACUCACCAUCGCGGCGUAUGCGAUAACGCCGAGGUUGAGGGACGUCCACGGCAAAGCCCUUUGCCAUUAUUGCGGUUGCCUGGCACUGGCCUUUACCACUUUGGCCAUUACGCAACUCGCGAGCGCACAAUUAUCGCCUCAAGUCUGCGUUAGCAUAGCAUUCAUCAUCCAGUUCUCGUUCGUGGCCUGCUUCUUCUGGCUGAACGUGAUGUGCAUCGAGACAUGGUCGCUGGUACGUCAUCACGUGAAGCAACGCGCGUACAGAAGAAUUCAGCCUAAAACGCUGUUCUUCUACUACUCGAUAUGGGCCUGGGGCCUCCCGGCGAUCCUCCUUCUCGUCUCGAUGGCGAUGGAUCUCAGUCCUACAAUACCCAUGACCUACGUCAAACCCGCUUUCGGUAGCGAGAGUUGCUGGUUCAAGUCCGACGCGGAAGCCAUGCCGUAUUUCUACGUGCCGGUCGGGCUCCUUCUGUUGGUGAACAUGAUUCUCUUUAUCAUCACUGCCGUCAGGAUCAGCCGGUACCAGCAGGAGCUCGCGCUGAGACGCUUGGCAAGGAACCAGCAUGCCGAUCGGGAGGAUCAAAGACUCUUCCGCAGGCUCAAACGGAUCUUUAUCGUUUGCCUCGUGCUCUUCUUUCUGAUGGGUCUCAAUUGGAUGAUGGAAUUAAUCUCCUGGUCGGUUGGCGGUGAUCCUUUCGACUGGACGGCGUUCGAUUUGGUGAACGCCCUCCAGGGUCUCCUCAUCUUCGGUUUGUUCGUCCUGAGAAGACCCAUAAGAGACAUCGUCUGGCAUCGAAUACAGAAGAUACGGGGAAUAAACACCACGGAACUGGACGUCGGGAGCAUGGACCUGGCGCUACUGCCCGUGAUAAACGGCGAUAUCAGACAGAUCGUUUAAUCAUUCUUAGGAAAAAAGAGUUCUUAGAACGAGAUUUAUUUUUUUUCGAAUGUCAGAGGACGUUGCAUUUAAUGCAGGUAGUUGGUCGAAGUAUAUCGGCCGUGAAUUUGAAGCGAUCGAUAAACCGAUAGACUGACAGAAGAAAGGAGCCGGAAUAUGUGGUCUCACGACGAUAAUAAAAGUUAUUUUAACUUCGUUGUAUGCAACGGAGCGGCGAAACGGAGCGGCCUUCUCGAUGUUCACGUGAAGAGACCAGGGAAUAUAUUUAUGCAAUAUCGUCACGAAUCACUCGAGAAACCGAUUCAAGUCAACACGAAAUUAGCCCGCGGGAUCCAACGCGCGGAACUUUCGCCCGAAGGAGAUUAUUUAUAUUUAAUUGAAUCGCAAUCGUUACAAAUAAUAGUUCUAGUCUCUUUUUGCAGUGUAACUAUAAUCGUAAAUAUCAAUAUAUGUGGCGUAUUUUAAUUUCGAGUAAAAUACAUCCACAGAAGGAACUUACAACGUGACUUCGCGCGCGUUAAAUUGCAGUUAAAUCGCGACGUUAUGUGAAAAUUAUUGUUUUUUUCUGCAAGGUAACGCGCGUUACACAACAUUACAUUAUUCGUCUCCACAAAGUAUAGCAAUAUGCUACGACGCGGUAUUUCUGCGUGAAUUAUACAACCGUGGGGAAACGGACGGACCUCAUUCAAGGAUCUCAAGUGAUAAGAAUGCAAUCGGCGCGCAGUUGUGUGAGAACCGGCUGUAGUUGUAAAUUGAUGUUUAUCAAGAAUGCGACUUGUUAGUAAUAAAUAUGCAUCACAAGUCGCGGUGCUGCGAUGGUACUUGUGUAGUUCUUCAAUUCAAGUCAAUGUUCAUAUCGAUAAAGUAGCAUUUAUACCUUCGUACUUACGCGUCGCUUAUUGUCGAACGACACAUGAUGUAACAAUAAUAUUGUGUGAAACUUUUCAUCUCUCCGGCAUGACUCGUUAUAUUAAUAUUACAAAUAAAUUCAAAUAAAAGAGCAGAAUAUUGGAUAGUAUAAUACGUCAAAACAUAUUUAUACACAAUUAUAAGUGCGUCACAACACAUUAAUAUGUACUGGAUUUUACUAAAGUGGAAAACUGGUUUUACACAUUAAUAUUAUCACGUUGUUGUAUGUUUUAUAUGUAGCUAGCAUACUAUUUAUUGUCGUGGUAGGCAUUAAUUUAUUAAAUAAAUCACACGGCGAAACAAA